AUGGCCAUUUACAGAUUUGAUGCCAUCAAACCAAUUCUUAUUGAGCAUUUGGAAAACCUUAUCACGGAGUUUGAUCGCUAUAUUCCGGACAGAAAUCUGACAUGUCAGCUGUGGGUCAGAAAUUCUUUUCUGGCAAAAGUUGACGACUUAUCAGAGGAUAUUGCAGGACUUCAGGAAGAGUUUAUUGACCUGCAUCACGACCAGUUCCAUCGACAACUUUUGUCCACAGCUUCGCUUGGGAAGUUUUGGACUUUGGUUAAAAAGGAAAAGCCAAUGAUUGGAAGCGAAGCAAUGACUUUUCUGCUGCCAUUUGCGACCACUUAUCUUUGCGAGCAAGGAUUUUCGGCACUGGCGGCCAUUAAAACUAAGGCUCGCAAUCGCCUUGAUCCUGGUGACGACAUGCGUAUUGCACUCAGCAAAAUAGAGCCGUGCAUUGAAGAUAUAUUGGAAGAAAGAUCUCAGUUUCAUCAAUUGCACUGA